AUGGCCUCCGCACUUGCUUCUCGUCAGCUCCUCUCAGGCCUCUCCCUCAGCUCUGCCGUCAGAGGUACCGAGCUCGCCUCCUGCAGCCUCACCGCCGUUCCCAAACUAGAAGCUCCGCGCGGCCUGGACGUCACCGCGCUCUUCAGCUCGCGCAAGGCCGCCAUCCCCGCUAAGAGCGUCCCCGCGACGAAGCUGCACACGGAGGACGGCAUCUUCGGCACGUCGGGCGGGUUCCGGUUCACCAAGGCGAACGAGCUGUUCAUGGGGUGCGUGGCCAUGCUGGGCUUCGCGGCGUCGCUGCUGGGCGAGGUGAUUACGGGCGCGGGCAUUCUGUCGCAGCUCAACAUCGAGACGGGCAUCCCCAUCACGGAGACCGAGCCGCUGCUGCUCUUCUUCAUCACCUUCACCGUGCUCGGCGCCAUCGGCGGGCUGGGCGACCGCGGGCGAUUCGUGGACGACGAGCCUGUGGGGCCGCCCGUGAAGCCCGGCAGCUUCAAGGCGGCGCUGGGGCUGAGCGAGGACGGGCCGCUGUUUGGCUUCACCAAGGCGAACGAGCUGUUCGUGGGGCGGCUGGCGCAAUUAGGGUUUGCGGCGAGCCUGAUAGGUGAUCACGCGCAAGGGCGCGCUGGCGCAGCUCAACAUUGA